GUACAGGUGUCAGAAAGCGACAAGGCUCAACGCUACAUCGCCAGCCUCAAUGCUGCCCGUCUGAAUGGCUCCUGGUCCGACGUGCCCGAACUGGUUCGCAAGGUCGACAAACACGCGCCGCACCGAAGAUGCCUGACACUUGCUGCCACCUCUGAGGCCCACACUGCUUCAUCGUCCAACCGCCGUCCGGGAACCCAGACCUCGGCCGCUUCUCAUACCACCCUCCUCGAUCAGACUCCCAAGCUCGUACAGGCCAUCGAGUCCGAAUCUGCCCACAAAGAUGAUGCCUUCCAGGCCAAUGUCGCCCUCCAUGAGAUUUACUUCCUUCGCGCUGAGUGGUCUACCGUACUAGGUGGCCUGAAAGACGAUGUUUGGCUACAAGUCUCGCCUUUCGCAAAGUCGCCCGCAGAAUUGACUCCCAACACUCGUCUGGCCUUGAUCAAAUAUUGCUACUUUCUGGGUGUCGCCUCCGAGCAGAACCUCUCUACAGAAAGCGCUCUCCGCGUAUACAGCCAGGCUCUGUCGGCCAUCGAUCAGGCUCCUGUAAACUUGGCUAGCUACCUGGAAUAUCGUACAUGGGCUGCCCGUCUGCUGGGUCGCAUCUGCACUCUGCAGUCGAAGCAGGGCCACACAUCAGCUUUGUCCACCGCGAACGCCGCUUUGAUCUCAUACAGAGCAUGGGCUCGUAUCUGGACGGGCGAUGCGGCCUCCAAGACCGCCGCCCCGAGCUACUCCCUUGGUCCCUACGAUGUCUCCAACAAGGAUGUUUGGGCCAUGUACUACAACUUCCUUUCCUUCCUUCUGAGCACCGACCUAGUCUACACGUCCUCGGCAGAAUCUCCUUUGGCUCUUUACAAUUCCGAGUACCCCGCCAAAGAUUUAGCCAAAAUGAGGCUGCGUCAAAGAUCCGAGCUGAAACAAGUCGAGGCUGCAUACGAGAGUGUCCUGCUGCACAAGACUAGAUUCCCUCAUGCAAAUCAAUCUAACGAGGAAGUUGAGCAAUGGACAAACUCGGUUGUUUCCAAUUGGUCUAUCCUCUGCGGCCCGAAUUGGCGCGAAGUUGAUCUUGGAGAAGGCGGUAAAGCUGCCGUCAGCCGUAGCACCUUGGACAUUCUUUAUCGCGCCGCAACCAAAACCUUCCACUCUACGCUAAUUCUACGUCACCUUUUUACGGUUCAUGCCUCGCUGGCCGAGUUUGACCUCGCUAUCAAAGCCUUCGACUCAUACACAGAUAUCACUAGCCGAUCAAAGUCAAGAGCUGAAAAGACUGGACACAAUGAACCAGGUCUAGACAGUGAUGAUAUUGCAGUCUUGACCGCAGCCCAAGCUAUCGGAGUCUUAUGCAGGUAUGGCUCACAAGCCGAGGGCGAAAAAGCUCUCGAGAUUUCAAAGCGUCUUUCUGACUGGCUCAAACAACCGCGCCCAACCGCCAUGAAUGACGAGACUGCAACUGGUAUCCUCAUCUCAGCUGAGUCUUCUGUCGCUGCUUAUCGCGCUAUUGGUGAAAGCCAAGCCAAUUACGCUAGAUUGACCCACGACCCAGCACAAAGAUCCGAAUUCAGAGAAAAGGCUAUCAAGUCAUUAAGAAAAGCUGCCGAGAUGUCAUCAAGUGGCAACCUCGACCCUGAAACUGCGCUCUUAUUGGGCACUGUUCUUGCCGAGAACCGUCAGCUCUUGCCUGCUACUCAGGUCGUCAAGUUUGCUUUGGCUUCCUCACAAGACGACGAAUCUAGCAGUACUGCCCGCAAGUCUCAGAUGAUCCCUCUCUAUCAUCUUAUGUCAUUGCUUCUCACAGCCAGAGGUGAUUACGAACACGCAGUCGAGUUUUGUGAUGUCGCUUUCGAGCAGUUCGGAGGGGCUGACAUCAUGUUUGGAGACGCUGAUGGCGAGGCUCUUAUCCACCAAAUGGAAGACCCAGAGAAGGAGGCAUUGCUGCAACUCCGUCUGACGCAGUUGGCUCUUACCGAAACGCUUGAUGACUCCGAGAUGGCAGUCGACGCGGGCUCUCAAGUGCUUGCACUGUAUCACAAGCUCUACGCCACAUCGACUAAUGGCGUAGCACCACCGCCACCCAAAGACAGAACUUCUCUGAUUGCGCCAUCUGUCAAGACGCAAGGCACACUCAAGAGCGUCAGGGGUAGUAUGAUGAGCCGCUCAAAGUCCACAAGAAAGAAUGCAGAAGGUCCUGCACAAGAGAAGGAUGUACCUCCACUUCCAACGGCGAACAAUAACACCUCGAUACCGGCAGCGACCACUACCGACGAGAACACAUCGCAUGAAAAGCAGCACCACAAGAUUCAUCUACCUCAUCAUCCUCUAAAACAUCUUCAUCAUCACGGACAUGCAACCGAUCCCGAGAAGGCUGCUCUUGCUUCAGAAAAUACUCCCGCUGUUGCGACGAAAGAAGAGUCUAACGAGAACCAAGCAUUGCGAGAAGUCCCUCACAACCUUGAAUCCAAAAAGCAACCCGCACCCAUUGGACACCCAGAUCAACCACCAUCGCAAGAUUUACGCUUGCCAGCCCCACACCCGACAAAGGCAUCUGCAGCACCCCGUCCGCACUAUCCGUCUGCCAGGCAGAAGCGGCAUACUGUGUCUCUGCUUAUCGAGGUCUGGCUACAUAUAGCAGGGCAGUAUACCCGCAGCGAGUUUUUCGAGGAUGCAGAAGGCGCAGUCGACGAAGCACAUAAGCUGGCAGAAGAGCUUCAGCAGGCUGUCGCACGAGAAGAUUGCUCUGCAAAGGCAUUCGAUGAGAAGGGCUGGGGAGGUGGCCGCAGUGUGAACAGACUGUGGGCAGACGUCUGGGCCGAGCGCGGUGCUCUGGCUGCCGCCAGAUCCCAUCCUCACGACGCGCUCGCCGCCUACGAGAAAGCACUAUCCCACUACCCCGACCACGCCGCUGGUAUCGUAGGCAUCAGCUCCAUUCUCCUAGACAUCUACUCCCAAGCCAUACCCGCCGAAGCUCCCAAUCCCAACUCCAUCAUCGCCCCUUCCACACCUUCUACGCCUACAAACCCCAAAGUUCUUCCUACGGACCCUACCCCCAGUGUUGCUGUUCAAACACGCCUAGCAGCCAGAGACAGAGCAUACUUUUUGCUCACCGCACUGACCAAGACCGGCGAAGGCUGGGAUGACAGUGAGGCUUGGAGUUUACUUGCCCGCGCACAUGAGGAAAGUGGACAAUUGGACCGUGCGAGAGAGGCGCUCUGGUUUUUGGUUGAGCUUGAGGACGGGAGACCGAUUAGACCUUGGAGCGUUGUUAGUUGUGCGCUUUAA